GCGGGUCUUUCACAGCUCCCGUCUCCCGUCGCACGCAACAGGUGCUGUGGAGGCACCAGGCAGCCGCAGAGGUUGGUUCCGACGUCGCAAGGUGCUGUGGAGGCCCGGGGCCGGAAGCAGCAAUUGAUUCCGAAGUUGGGUGUGCCAGAGGGGCUGCCCAGCGCGCGCCAUGCUGCUCGCCCGGGCGGCGCGGCCGCUGGCCCGCGCGCGCGCACUAUCGACGCCGACCUUCACGCUCCACGCCUUCACCGACGGCAACGACCUCGGCUUCGGCCGCGGGGCGCAGUUCUGCAUGCUCAAUUUGAGACAUGACGCCCUGUUCGCGGCUGACAACCCGGCCGCGCUCUACGCGGCGAAGUACGAAGCGCGGCGCGCACGCAUAAAGCGACUCUUCGAGAAGUUGGACUCACUGGAACUGGGCGCGCUGGACCGCGCGGCGCUGAGCAAGGGACUCGACGACAUCGGAUUGCCUGCGUCGCCGGAACGUCUGGAUAGAGUGUUCAACCAGUUUGAAAGCGGGAGCGGCAACCUGGCGCUCGAAGGAUUCGAGGCGUUCCUGGUCGAGACGUGGGGCUUUCCCCUGCACGUGGAAUUCUCGUCCGAGCUCGGCUCGAUGGGCCUGGGAGGCACGCAAGCGAUUGCCUGGGUCGGCCGCACGGUGCCGGCGCACUUUGUUCUGCGCGCGCUGCGCCAGCUGUGGCCGUUGGAUGUGGAGGACAUCGCCAUCCUCCGCAACGACGGGCCCAACCCAGAUCUGGACCCGCAAAGGAUGACCUUGCACGACAGAACGUACACGCCAUCAGUCGGGAAAGAUACAGCGACGGCGGGCGGGCUCGCGCGGACGCUGCUCGCCCAGGACCCACUCGACAAAGGCGGCUUCGUCGUCCGCGUCACGUCGACCGGCGGAGACGUGACGUACGUACCGCUCCGGGGACUCCGCUACAGCGGCGCCAAGCCGGCGGCCGUAGCCAACCCGGAGGUGACCGGCGUCGAGUGGGCAUUGCGGUCUGGUUUGGGGGCCGUUGGUUUGGGCACCACCCUUUGGUUGGGUUUGGUGAUUUUGAAGGGCGGCUGAUCCGUAGCCCCAUUUUGUUUCCGAGCGUCCGUGCGCUCCCGCGUUUCCUAGUAUCAUAU